UGUGUUGAUUGUAUUGAACUUGUGUUGAGUUGUUCUCCAUUUUCUGGAGGGGGUCUCUGCCCGCCCUUAUAUUGUCGGGGGAGCAGGGUUACAGGGCGGAUUGUGUAUGAGUCCUAGUCGAGUACGUUAUAGAGUCCUACUUACUCUAACUCGGUAGAGUAGUUUCCUUUUAACCUGACUAGUCUUCGGGGAGUCUAUGAAGCCUACGUGCCCUGCAAACUAGUCUUCAUGUCCGAGUAAGUUUCAGGUACGUUCCCAUGAGUGGGUCCAUACAAGUCUUCUGGUGGGCUCGGGGGUGCCUAGCCGACAAGCCCCUGAGUACUUUGUAGUCGAGAGGAAUAGUUCUGAGUACUUGAAGAUGUCGCUUGAGUUCCUCCUGGUGCUCCUUGAGUACUUCUCAAUGCAGCCAACCUUCGAGUACUAGAACUGUCGCGUGACUGGAUGGUACGCUUAGCAGUCCCUGAUGUUUGCUUCGAGUAGUCUUUGUCUUGAAACAUUUUGUAUAUGGUAGUGCGAUGAUAAUCGCACUCCAUAUGGAGUAGCCCCCGAGCCUUAGGUUGAAUAAAAGAAUCAGGCUGAGGGUCAAACUUGUAAUUUUCGCUUCGACUUAUCUCAGUCUUCAGAAAAACAAAAUUUUAUCCAACGGUACGGUAUACGCAGUCCCCGAGCACUUGGACGACUACUUGUAGUCAGUGAAGGGAUCAAUCUCUUUGUCAGAGUAGCCAUUGGGCAUUAUGGUGGUAAAUCUGAGUCGUAUAUGACCGUUGCUUGAUUAACGGGUGGAAUCCGGAAGUUUUGCGGAUAUAAUUGGGGGCCCAACGCUAAUUGCUGGCAUGCCUGUUGUAGCAGAUCUUGCAAUUUGCGGCCUUUCUCCAACCCUAGUGCCGCUGCUCCUAUUUGUGCCGCCGCUACCAUUGUUGCCCCGCCCGAUCUUUAGGAGAGAAAUUGCUGCGGCCUUUUUCUCCCCCUUUUUUCCUCAAGAUUUGAUGCGUAUUAAGAAGAUGGGCAAGAAACCUGAGAAGAUCUAGGGGGAGGCCGCGACCACCAGCAUGUUGAGAUCCCGAUCCAAGAAGGGCAAUGACUCGAGUUGCUGGCACCCAAGUGUGGCCCGACGAACCAGACUAUGCCGUCGCCUCAUGGGAUCACUUGGCAGCAUUCUGUGAUGAAGGAGCCGACGGUUCAAGCCUUAGUUGAUGCAAAUCUUCUUCAACCAAGGGUCGAGCUUGAGUGCAGGCCCGCAUAUGGGAAUGCAUGGCAAUUCAAAGAGCACCCCAAGGAGACGGUGAUGCUGGCUCAUUUUGUUGAAAGAGGCCUGGCGGUGCCUACCUCUAACUUCUUCAAAGGUAUUCUUGAGUACUAUAAUCUUCAACUAGUCCCUUUGAAUCCAAAUGGUGUGUUGCAUAUGGCUAUCUUUGUACACUUGUGUGAAGUGUACUUGGGUGUUUUGCCUAGUCUCGACUUGUUUAAGAAAUUGUUUCGGUGUAAACCACAGCCUAAUGCAAAUAGGACAGAAGUCUUCAACGGGGCUGGGUUUCAGUUGAGGAACUCAAGUGCGUAUCUCGAGUAUGAUCUGCUUGAUUCCCAUGGUGAUUGGAAGAAGAGGUGGUUUUAUAUUGGCAACCAUGAUCCUGUCUUGCCAAUAAUCACCAGCCAUGCUCCAAAAUAUGCGGACAACUGGGUGACUGAGCCUGAGGAUACCCCUGAGAUCACCAAUUUGUUGGCGCAGAUUACCGACUUAAGAACUUCGGGGUUAACUGGGAUCAAUGUGGCCGCCAGUUUCCUUAAGCGCAGAGUUCAGCCCCUACAGCAGCGUGCUCACUCGGGCUUCAAGUAUACGAGUUUUGAUGACCCGUCACGUAUGUCCUCUGAAGACGUAUCCGAUGACGACGUGGAGGCGUUGUUGGGUAAGUUAUUCAGGAACUAUCAAGGAGUGCUAGUACUCCCGGGACUCCUUCGGCAGUUUGACAGUUGGUAUGGACCAACAGAGUCCCGGGUGUUGCUUGGUUUCUUGCCCAUGCCUUCCAAGGGUAAGGAGGUAGCUGAGGGUAAUACUGAAGAUGCGCCUUCUGCUCCUCCAGCUAAGAGACGCCAAGUAGUACAGAGGUGUUGGAGGUAUGCCCUAGAGGCAAUCAUAGAGAUGAUGAUAUUCCAUUUGUAUCCAUGAUUUGU